GGGGGUGAGGCUGUCGACAACGUGCUGAAAUACCUUAAGAAACACCAGAGGGAAGAAGUAAGGGAGCUUCUGUGCACUUCAAUGGAGGAUUAUACUCCGUCUGAUGUGAAUCUUGAGGACUUUUUUCAAAACGGAAAGUAUGACUGUGAGGCUGCCAGGCAAACAGACUUACCGCAGUGGGUACUUGAUGCUUUGGCAAAAGGUGCCCAUGUCAUGCCGUCAGAUGCUUUUGCUGGAGACUCUGGGAGUGAAAAUGGGUUUCCUAGAAUCUAUCCCCAGUCACUUACAACUUCCUGUGGCUGUAACAUGUUACUGGAUAUGUUGUUCAGAACCAAAAGUUAAGUUGCAUCAAUUAAAGGCAUUACUUCUAAUGAUAGUAUCUGGAGAACUGCACAGGAUAACAAAUGAUCCAGAUCCCACAGUUGUACGUGCUGAAGAUGACAGUAUUGCAUAUAACGAAUUUCUAAAAUGGAAGGAAAAGAAACUGCAAAAUAAAGACUUUGAUUUAGAUGCUGCACACAGUUUUUGCCAGUGGCAGUGCUGUCUUCAGAUGGGAUUGUAUCUCAACCAGCUACUUUGCACUCCUCUCUCUGAGCCAGACCUAACUAGGCUUUACAGUGGGACCCUUGUGCACAGACUGUAUCAAGAGCUUAAAUCAACAUCUUCAGUGGAAAAUCUGUUUAGUUCAUCUCCAAAAAUGACUCAGCUUUAUCAGAUUUUGUUAAAUACAGUGGAGUCAACUUUACCUCCAGACUUCUUUCAGAAGAUGACCAAGACCAAAUCUGAGUCCUGCAAAAAGAAGAAAGCAUCUAAUAAGAAAAAAAAAGCCAUCAGGUGUGCUAUACCAGAAACUCAGCAUUUAUGCAACGUUAAUAGGUUUGCAUCACUUGGAGUGGAUGACUGAAAGCGUUAUUCCUGAAAUAACUUUUAAUGCCAGGCAGAUGGAAGAAAUUGUAUUAAAAUAUGUAACUAUUGGAAUUUGCUCAGCUAUUUUCACACAAGUUCCUGAUUCAAUCUUUACCAACAAUUCUUGCAUCAGGGAAUUUUUUUAUUUACUUUUUUGUAACUAACACUCUUAUAAAAAAAGUGCUCUAUAAAA